AGCUCUAUAUAAACUUUUUCAGAAUUUUAAUUCCAAUUUUAAUUGCAUCUAAGAGAGAGAGAGAGAGUUCAGUAAACAUCGUUUAAUCAUCCAAAGCUUUUGGCUGUAAUUUAGAGAGAGAGAUGAGGGAGGGAGGAGAAACAUCAAUGGCGUUUCCUUGCAUUUGGAAAUUUUUUGGAUUGGUCAAGCCGAAAAUUUUUCGUUGCUAGAGAGAGAGAGAGCAUUGCUCAACAGCUUGCUUGAGCUCCGACUGGCAGCGUUAGCAAUGGCUUCUUCCUCUCUGUUCCUCAGACUCCCCAAAUCCACCCUCCUCUUUCUCUCUCCUCUUCCUCUCUCUACCAAACACAUCACAUCUUUUUGCACCAAACCCAAAACCCAGACCCUUUCUUCUCUCUCUACAAACCCCAGCUCACCUCUCCGCACAAAAACCCAAUCUCAUGCUCCAUUAGAGAACCCAACUCUAGAUUAUGAACCAGUGAUUGGAAUAGAGACCCAUGUUCAAUUAUCAACCAAAACCAAGGCAUUUUGUGGUUGCCCGUCAAGCUAUGGCUCUCAACCCAACACUAGCAUAUGCCCCAUAUGCAUGGGCUUGCCUGGCUCACUUCCAGUUCUCAACUCGAAAGUCAUUGAAUUUGCAGUGAAGCUUGGGCUUGCUCUUAAUUGUGAGAUUUCAUUGAGGUCUAAGUUUGACAGGAAGCAGUAUUUCUAUCCCGACUUGCCGAAGGGGUAUCAGAUUUCACAGUUUGAUGUGCCCAUUGCGAGAAAUGGGUUCACUGAUUUGGACCUCCCUUGUGAGUUUGGGGGUGGGCAUAGGAGGUUUGGGAUUACCAGGGUCCACAUGGAGGAGGACGCUGGAAAGUUAAUUCAUUCAAGUAAUGGUGAUUUCUCUCAGGUGGAUUUGAACAGGGCUGGGGUGCCCUUGCUUGAGAUCGUAUCAGAGCCUGAUAUGAGAAGUGGGAUCGAGGCAGCAGAGUAUGCAGCAGAGAUACAAAGAGUAGUAAGGUAUUUAGGAGUGAGCAAUGGCAAUAUGCAGGAAGGCUCACUGCGCUGUGAUGUCAAUGUCUCAGUCAGGCGCAAAGGGCAGUCAGUUUUUGGAACCAAAGUUGAGAUAAAGAAUAUGAAUUCAUUCUCAGCUAUGCAUAGAGCAAUUGAUUUUGAAAUCUCAAGACAAGUUUCUCUUCUAAAGGAAGGUAAAAGCGACGAGGUUAUACAAGAAACCCGACUUUGGGAGGAAGGAGCUCAGAGAACAGUUACAAUGAGGAAAAAGGAGGGGUUAGCUGAUUACAGAUACUUUCCUGAGCCAGAUCUUCCGGAAGUGAUUCUUACUGAGGAAUAUGUUAACAGCCUGGGCUCUGGAUUACCAGAACUUCCGGAAAUGAAGCGUAGGCGUUAUGAAAAAAUGGGGUUGAGCAUGCAGGAUGUUCUUUUUCUUGCAGAUGACUUCAAUGUCGCGGAUUUUUUUGAUGCAGCUGUGGGGCAUGGUGCUGACGUGAAGCUGGCUGCUAAUUGGGUUAUGAGUGACAUUGCUGCUUAUUUGAAAAAUGAGAAGCUAUCGAUAACUGAAAUCAAAUUGACUCCUAUGGAGCUUGCUGAAUUGAUAGCAUCCAUAAAAAAUGGGACUAUAAAUGGGAAGAUUGGAAAAGAGAUACUUUUUGAACUGAUAGCAAAUGGGGGGACAGUCGGGGCAAUGAUAGAAGAAAAAGAUCUGGUUCAGAUUAUGGACCCUAACGUGAUUGAAGCCAUGAUAGAUAAAGCUCUAGCGGAGAAUCCUAAGCAGCUUGAACAAUACCGUGGAGGGAAAACAAAGUUGCAGGGAUUCUUUGCAGGCCAGUUGAUGAGAAAGAGAGAUAGCAAAGGAGUUUUACACCGGUUGAUGAGAAAGAGAAGUAGCAAUGGAGUUUUACAGUGAUAGUGAGAGAGAGAUGGAGCAAUCUGAGGUUAUUCGAGUGAAAAAGACAGAAUUAGGAGGAGGGAGGUUAAUGGAAUGUGAUAAGUCUAGAUCAAAGGAGACGUGGGGAACAGAUGGAGAGAGAAUGGGGUUGUGCUGUGAGGACGGUUGGUUGGAAAUGGAAAUGCAACAAGAACAUAGAGACAUAACAGCGCUUAAAGAGAGAAGAAAAGGAGAGAGAGGGGUUGAUUUUCAGUUUAAAAGGGAGGCACGGGCUGUAAUUUAAGAUUGAAGAGAGAGAGAGCCGGUUGAAUUUCUAUGGUUUGAUUGGAGCAUCUAUUUUAUUUAUUUAAUGGUUUUGAAGUUUAUAACAUUGAAGAAAGAGAGAGAUGAGAAUUUUUAAAAGGUGAUGAGGACGGGUUAUAUUAUUAGAAUAGAAAAAUGAAGGUAGACUAG